CAGCUAACCCCGAUCUUAUGCCUGAUAAGCAGUUUGUUGAUAUGCACUGCAGUGUACGAGCCAUCAAGGGGGGCAUCUGACCACAGUAACUACCUGGAGGCCACAACCUGGAUUGAAGAUAUGAAAUAUCUCUUCACACACAAAAGUUUCCUUCUGGUGUCUCUGGGCUUCACGGCGGUGGCUUUCGUAACGGGGUCGCUGGCACUAUGGGCCCCCCAGUACGUCUACUACUCCAUACUGGUCCAACCCAAUCAGGCCGAUGACUCGAGGUUCGUAUCCAUGAUCUUUGGAGUGAUAACAGUUGUUUCCGGUAUUCUCGGGGUGACCUUGGGGUCGGGGGCGGCAGGCCUCUUGCGAAGAAAAACCUCCCUGGCCGAUCCUUACGUCUGCGCGUUUGGCAUGAUCUCAUCCGCCCCAUUUCUCUUCCUGGCUCUUUACCUCUCCAGAUACAAUACUGUUUUGUGCAUUUUCCUGGGGGAGACCUUGUUGUUUCUGAACUGGGCCCUCGUCUCCGACAUGCUUCUGUACCUGGUAGUACCCACCAGGAGGUCGACAGCUGCCUCCCUCCAGAUCCUCAUGUCGCAUGCACUUGGAGACGCCGGAAGUCCAACACUUGUCGGCCUGGUAUCGGACAGCAUAAAGCGCUCCUUCAACUCCACAACUCACGACAUAAUGAUGAACUACCAGAGCCUCCAGUUCGCCCUCUACAUGGACUGUUUCAUCUGCGUGGUCGGCGGGGGCUUCUUCCUCGCCGCGUCGCUCUUCAUCAAUCGAGACAGGAGGGAGACGCAGAGAAUUAUGAAGGGUUGGUCAAUUAAUGUCUUGACUGAUUGA